AUGCAACAAUCACACCAUCUGCCCUUAGAGGGGCUCCUAUUGGUCUUUCUGAUUCCAAGCCAACUAUGCACCAUUUGUGAGGUAAGUAAAGAGAAUCACUUCCGUCUGAACCCUCUGUUGAACACAAUGAUCAACUCGAAAUAUACCAGCGGAAGCCUACCUGCCAGUGUCCUGUUGUCUCUCAGACUUGUUGGGAUCCAGAACCAAAACCUAACCCAAAAGCUCUUUCAGCAAGUGAGAGAUUAUGUGGAAAAGACACGGUUAAAUUUAACUUCAGGAAAUCUUGCUUUGGUUAUACUGGCUGUGGGAGCAUGUUACACUCCUGAUGAAAUCUUCAUAUAUGAAAAUCACCUGGUCAGUCAUCUAGAAGACAAAUUCCAAGCAGAAAUGGAAAAUAUGGUAGUGCACGACGGCAAUCCACUGACUAACUACUACCAGCUCAGUCUGGGCGUGUUGGCUUUGUGUCUGUUCAACGGGAAAUACUCAACCACUAGCAUUGCCGAAUUCUUCGCUCCUGAAAAUAAAAACUAUUAUUUUGGUGGCCAGUUCUCAGUCGACACGGGUGCAAUGGCUGUCCUGGCUCUGACCUGUGUGAAGAGGAGUCUAACAAAAGGGCAGACCAAAGCAGAUGAAGAGAAUCUAAAGAGCAUUGAGAAUCAUAUACAGUCACUGGUAAAAAAAAUUCUGUCUGAGAAAAAAGAAAAUGGUCUCAUUGGAAAUGCAUUUAGCACUGGAGUAGCUAUGCAGGCUCUUUUUGUCUCAUCAAACUAUUACAAAGAAAGUGAAUGGAAUUGCCAAAAAACUCAGGACACAAUACUCAAGGAAACUUCUCAAGGAGCAAUCAAUAUACCACCUGCUCUAGUCCAGAUCCUACCUGCCCUGCAGGGAAAGACCUACUUGGAUGUUAACAAGGAUGUUCCUUGUGGUCAUGGUUUAGAUAACUUCAGCAUCUCCAUUCAGGUGCCUCAGCCUGUGACAACCCCUCAUUCACCUUCAUAUAUCUCAGUUCACUACUCUUUGAAAAUCAAUGAGACAUAUUCCACCUACAUCACCAUACCAAACGGUUCUGUCUUCAUAGAUGUGAUGAAGGCAGCUCAGAAAAAGAAUGAGACCUUAUUUGGUUUUACAGUGAAGCAAAGCUCAUGGGGUCCCUACAUCACUUCUGUUCAGGGAAUAAAGGCCAACAAUAAUGACAGAACCUACUGGGAACUUCUGAGUGGAGGCAAGCCACUGAGCCAAGGAGUUGGUAACUAUGUUGUCCAUAAUGGUGAAAACUUGGAGAUUCGUUGGAGCAAAUACUAAUAAACUCAGACCUUCCUCAAAAUUGACCUUUUUAUGUUGCAAAUUUUAACCUCUCGAGUGCUAGGUA